AUGGCUGUCCUGGCUCAGACCCUGGCACUGCUGGCAAUGGCCAUGGCCACCACAGCUGUUGAGGUGGUGACUCUGGACAUGGCCCCAGACUCCUUCGAUGACCAGUACAAGGACUGUGUCCCUGCCAUGAAUGCAAAGUUGUCGGCCCUCAACAGCUCCGAGUUGCAGAAGAACCCUCUCUUUGCCCGGGCCUGGACUAAGGCCACAGCCGAGUGGCAGAGUCGGGGGUCCCCCCUGUCCCCUCUGUCAUCUCCAGCCCAGGCCAUCGCCAUCAUGGCCUUCACAAUGGAUGACCUCUACAGAGAGUUCAACGCAGCCGUGCGUACAGCCGGGCGCUCCCGCCAGGAAUACCGGGACAACUUCCACUUCAAAACACUGCAUUUCCUGCUGACCCAGGCCUGGACGACACUGAGGGUCAUUAGAGGACCACAGUGUCACAACAUAUACUGGGGGGUGAGCAGGUACCAGUUCAAGGGAAAGCCCGGUGACAUCGUCCGUUUCGGUCAAUUCAUGUCGGCGUCAGAGAGUGAAACAACAGACAAGAUAUUUGGGAAUGCCACGGUGUUCCAGGUGCACACGUGCAACGGGGUGGGAAUCAAGGAAUUCUCCAAGUAUCCUGACGAGAAGAAGGUGCUGAUCUCACCCUUUGAGAGCUUCGAGGUCACUGAAGUCUGGCAGGAAGUAGACAGGACGAGGAUUCAUCUGCGCACCAAAAAUCUCACCAGCAAAUACAACUGCGAGUGGGUGAACGGCGACACCACAGGUGGCAGCACGCCCAGGGCUUCCUUCCACUUUGGAGGACUCAUCCUGGCCACCACAGCCCUGGCAGUGGCCACCGGGAUCCUCUGA